UGCACCUACAUCUCAGUGGACUCCCCCUCGAGCAGCACCUACGCGACCAUCCUCAGCAAGCCGGCGUGGAUGUGGGGCGCCGAGAUGGGCGCCAACGAGCACGGCCUGGCCAUCGGCAACGAGGCCGUCUGGACGCGACUGGCCGACCCGGCGGUGGACGCCGAACGCCGCCUCCUCGGCAUGGACCUGCUGCGGCUGGCGCUGGAGCGCGCCAAGACCGCCACUGAGGCCGUGGACGUGAUCACCUCGCUGCUGGAGCGGUACGGCCAGGGCGGCGCCUGCUCGGAGACGACAACGCCGCCCGAGCUGCUCUACCACAAUGGCUUCCUCAUCGUCGACCCCGCCGAGGCCUGGGUCCUGGAGACGGCCGGGCGGGAGUGGGCGGCCGAGCGGGUGACCAGCCCAUUUCGAAACAUCUCCAACUGCCUGUCCAUCGGCAGCACCAUCGACCGACAGAGCGAGGGCCUGCAGAAGACGGCCAUUGACCGCGGGCUCUGGGACGGCAGUGGGGCGUUUCACUUUGCGCAGGUGUACGGCGACCAGGAGAAGGGCGACGAGGAGCGGCUGAAGGCGGGCAGGGCACUGCUGGCCGAGGCGACCAAAGACAACCAAUUCUCAGUCAAGUCGAUGAUCAGCGUUCUGCGGGACAAGGAGUCGGGCAUCUGCCGCGACUGCAGUGACGCCUUUCCCACCACCUCUAGUCAGGUGUCGCUGCUGGGCGGGGCGGGCGUGAAGUCGGUGCACUGGUUCACCGGGACGCCCGAUCCGCAGUUCUCCUACUUCAAGCCCUUCAUCUUCCACCGGGCGGUGAAGGAGGCCUCGGAGAAGACCAAAUCUCCUGAGGUAGGAGAUGGAUCUUCGGUGCCGCCGCCAGACCGCCGCCACACCCUCUACCGCCGUCACGAGGCCUUCUACGAGCGACUGCGGGCGGAUGGUGAGCUGCAGCAGACUUUGCGGCAGAUUGAGAGCCUCUNGGAGCUGCAGCAGACUUUGCGGCAGAUUGAGAGCCUCUGCAUCGACGAGCUGGUGGAGCAGGCGGGGAAGGGCGUGGCGGAGGACGACGAGACCAUGGAGAUGCACUGUCUCUUCAGCGACUCGGUGGAGA